ACAACAAUAUUUGUCACGUGAUCAAGGUCAUUAGAAAGGUGAGAGUUUUGAUUUUGACGUCUCUGCAGUGAAAAAGCCGGCAGUCCUAAAAUGGGUUGUUUAUUUUCUCGAGAACAACGCCAGGAAACACAAACAAAUGCAACCGAAGAAGAACCGAAGAAGUAUUCAUGGGAUAAAAGAGAAAAAUUAGACCCAAAAGAUUAUACAAUAGAAAAGCUGUCAGGAGAAACUGUUGGCAGAAUACCAGGAACAGUUAAAGGCCAGCAGUUUAUUAUCAGGGAUAAUGAGAACUGUAAUAUUUACAUUUUUGACCAUUCUGCCACAAUACAAGUUGAUGACUGUAAAAACUGCAAAAUCUUCAUGGGACCAGUGAAGACUAGUGUUUUCGUCAGAGAUUGUGAAAACUGUCAGAUUGCAGUGUCCUGCCAGCAGUUUAGGACCAGAGACUGCAGAAAAUUGGAUGUGUUCCUGCACUGUAUCACACAGCCCAUCAUAGAGGCCAGCACUGGGGUGAAAAUGGCAUGUUUCCAAUAUUCAUACCCGGAACUUGAAGAACAGUUAAAAAGUGCAGGGCUGAGUAUAUAUAACAACAGCUGGAGCACAGUUCAUGAUUUCACACCAGUGCCAGGAGAGAAUAAUUUCUCAUUGUUGCCAGAGGAUGUGAAAAUUGAAGAGUUUUUACCCAUACCCACAACAGAACAAUUUUCGUGUAUGAAAAUUGAUACAAACCCAGGAAAUAGUGUUGUCCCUGUAACUCAUGGAAGUAGACGCAAGCCAGCAACUGAGUCUUGCUUGGCUGUGUUCUUUAAUGAUGGGAAUUCAGUCAACAGAGUAAAACAGUUCAUAAGUGAAAUGAGAACAAAGCAGCCAGGGUGUGUCCUUAUUCAGACCAAGGAGGUCAAUAUGCAGGCAGCAGAGGCAGUGCGAGUAUUUGGUUCAGAGGCAUAUAAUACAGUAGUGCAGCAAGGACCUGUGAUAGGAUUGGAAUACAAUGGGGAGGAUUGUGUGAAACACUGUAAAGAAAUAGUGGCUAGUAUCUCCCAAGGUUCUUCAGAAAUGGUAUUUGUCACUCAAAGUCCAGAAUUAGCAGCGGAGCAGGUGGAAAAUUUCUACAACUACGCUGAUAUGCAGAUGGCUGUGUGAUAAUUAUAUGUUGUAAACUACUUUGUAAAUCAUGCAAUGUGAAAUGAGUUUCUUGGUCUGUUAGCAUUUUUUUGCAACAUCAAGUUGAGCAUCUUAUGUGGACAUCAAUACCAAGACAAAUAGAAGAGCAUGUUAACUGUUUUUACAGUAUACUGGCAUUGAAUCAACAAGAGUCCAGUUUCAGGAACGUAUAGAUGUUCAUCAUUUGCUUAAAUUGGUGUUUGUUUCCAACAAAAAUUUGGCUAACAAAAACCCAUUGCAUGCUUAGUGCUUCAUAUUUGUGCAGAUCAUGUCAACAGGUAGGAGAAGAACCCUGCUUCAAACCUCGGACUUACACCAUUGUCUGUAUUUCACUCGUACAUCAUGUUCCAGUAACAUAUGCACAUUCUGCUGUGGUCUGAAUUUCAUGCUCCUACAUAGAGGUGUGAAAAGUAUUGAAAUGGCCUUGUCUACGCUGUGUAGAUAUUCUUCUAGCUAAUAAAGUAAAGCUUUAGUAGAUCGUGUUUGGAUGCAUGCUUCAACCUUUUGUUUCAUGUUAUGCACCGUCUUCCAGUAGAUAUCACAUUCACAUUAAUGGGAUUGUGAGUGCUUUGGCUGGCAGGCAGUUGAUAAAUGAAAUUGUUGGGUCCAGUAAAGGUUUAAAGUCUGUCUGACAAGACUAAGUAGUGGUUUGAAAUUUAAAAAAGAUUGUCUUCAUAAGACUCUGAAGCUAUUACUGUGACUUAUAGUUGGAAGCAAGCUAAGUCAUUAUGAAAUGGAGCCCAGGGCCCAGUUUCACUGAAGAAUGUCUUGAUAUAUAAAAUUUGUUCUCCAUCAAUUUUUGGACUGUAUCAGGAUACAUCCUGCAAUAGACAAAAUUAAGUAACUGUUUUUCCUAAACAUUUGCUUAAUAUUUGUUACUUUGUUUGUCUCAUGUCCUCACUUAAUUGGACUGCUACUGAUUUGACUUUGAUCAAGGAAGACUAUAUUUAUACUUGUAAAAGUUUAAAAGAAACUUUCAUGUUUGUUCUUUUGUAAAACUGAACCCAGAUCCAGGGUGAAUGGCUAUCACCGUCCUGCUAGUUCUUUUCUAGAUUAUUGCUUAUAUAUGCCUCUGGUUCAGAAUGCAAAUGUAUAUAAAAAAGCAUAUUGUUUUGUAUCGUGGUGGAUCUUUAACUAUGGAUGUUGGUGCUGAUGUGACACAAGUACUGGGUAAUUUUGUAGUGGUGCCACAAGACAUUCCACCAAAUAAUAUUAAUAAUGAUUAAGAGACAGAAAAUUCAUAAAGCUAUUUAUAUCUUUUUACAGGUUUGUAGUCUAUUAAGUUUUGUACCUGUAAUGGUUUUAUAAUUAUUUUAUAUUGUUUUAAGCAUGUUUUAGCUUGAUGUGCAUGCAAAAUAUCUAAACAGAUUUCCUAUGGUUAUCUACAUUUUUAAAUCUGUGAUAAUAUUUUCAUUUGGGUUUUGUAUUUUCACUGAUAAGAAGUAUGUCCAAUGAUAAAAUAACUAAAUUUGUAACCAUGAUAAGGUAGUUCUACAUCGCUUUUCAUUCUCAGUUCUGUACUUUCCUAAGAUCUGAACAUUCCUCAGGAUGUGUUAGACAUGAAAAGAAUAUUUUGAGAAAUGAUUAAGCUUUGCCCAAUGUAGCUUCUGUUGUAUUAUUUGUUGUCUAAUUAACUGGUAAAUGUGCAUUAUUAUUAUUA